GAAAUCGCAAAUACAAACAAACAGCGUGUAUCGUCAGGCUUUUGCCUGCUCACAUACCUACCUCGAGAUGACAUCACACAACUUAAAGAGAAACAGGUUGCCAGAAGAAGAUUCUUCACGUUCGAAAAGAACUUUCAAAGAUCUGAUAAGGUCUCGUAACCAUGGUGACAAGAGCUUGUCGGGAGAUAGCCGAGAAGUUCUUCAUCAAGCUGUGUUCCAACUAGUCAAUCUUCACCAAAACACCCAGGCUAUUAUCAGUGAGGCUCUGGAGAAGUCUUGUGUGAAUGUCGAUGAGGCAGCCAGCCAGGGAGGGGAGGACACAAGGGUGCUUCCUGCAGUUUUGACGAGCCUGGGGCAGCUGGAGAGUCCUGCUGACCAGUCUGUGCCUCUCCUGAUGACUGAGAAGUGUGUCCAGCGCCUGCUUCACUGUACUGGUCAAGGGGGGAACUUCCAAGGGGGUCAGUCCGAGAACGGUCAGGACACGAAUGAGAACCUCCGCACCUGUGUACAGAUGAUACACCAGCUACUGACAGACAACCAACUCCAGCAUCGUCACUUCACCAGUCUCCUCACUACGGAGGAUGUUCUUCCUCCAGAAUUACUAUGGUGCCUUCAUGGUGAAGACAUCUUGGGACUCAGUACUUAUAUCACCAGGAAGAUGACCGAGCCCCAGUUUGUGAGAAAGUUUAGUGCAAACAUGUACAAACUGUGUAAGCAAAACAACUCGGAGACAAAUGCUGCUCUUUCUGGAAUAUUCAGCUUCCUCAUCAACUCAGGCUUUCCAGAGAAGAAGGCCAAGGAAGCCAUGUUCCGGAAAGUUUCUGCUGCUGUUCUGGAUGACAUCAUCAGAGCUGUACUAGACAGAGAUGAUGAGCAUCUAGUUUCGUUUGUUGGACUGACUUAUAUCGAAGACACCCUGAACCAAGUCAGCUUCAAGAAGUUCUGUACCCACACCCUCUCCCUUCUCAUGAGCUACAGACCAAGUUUGAAAGUUUCUCAAGCAUUUAAACAACAAACUCAGUGGAAAUCUGCCAAAGUGUCAGAAAAGAUUUCAGAUCUAUACAAACAGCUGUUUCUGCCGUUUGAGUCGAAGGAGAUCCUGGAGGUCUUACAGAGGAUCCUGGAGAGACAGGAGGUGAACUGGCAGACCGUGCUGUCCUUCAUAGCAACCUUCCUCGUGUGCUUCCCUGACGCCUCCAGACUCCUGCAGGGUCACAUCCACAGCCUGCUGUCGGAAGGGUUGGAGAAUGCUGACAUGGAGAGCACUAUCAUUGCCUUCCUGCUGGCCAGACAAAGCUGUCUGGAGGGUCUCCAUGUCUUUCCACACUACCAGGACUGGUUCCAGCAAACAUUUGGUGAUUCAAGCAAAAGCCCUGCUUCCACCAAAAAAUCAUUUAGUUUCCUGAUGAAGUUCCUGACAAACAUUGUGCCCUAUGAGUCUGCCCCACACCUCAAAGUCCAUAUUCUCAGGCCACCACAUGUACCAGCAAAAUGUCGGCCAUUCCUCACCGAGUACAUCACACUUGCCAAAACAAGACUAGCGGACCUGAAGGAAUCAUGUGAGAUCAGUGGAGGAAUAUAUGACAACAGUUCCAGCAACUCCACCAGCAGCAAGCAGGCAGACCCAGUGGAGGCUGAUGUAGAAAGAUCCCUGUCAGCCUUCCAGGCCACCGGCAAAGUACCAACCACAGUCAUGGAAGCUAGCAUCUUCAGGAAGCCCUACUUUGUUGGAAAGUAUCUGCGAUCGCUGCUGAAACCCAGACAUCUGCCAGACAAGCCUGACAUCCGGAUGAAGAUGAUCGCAUCACUGAGGAAGGCUGACAAGAUACCAGCAUCCAUGUACACCAAGUACCAAGAAGCCUGCCGCACAGAGUCCAAGCAACUGUUGGAAGGUGUGUUUGAUGUCGACAGUCAGGAUGAUGUCAUGUUAGAUGCCCUGAUGGCACCAAUGGAGCAGCUUCGCUUCCGACUGGACCAACUCCACAAUGCAGUGGUCAGCACAGAGGGACAAAACAAGCCCACUGGACAGAGAGUGUCCGAGGUGAUAUCUGUGAUCAGUGACAAGCUUGAGGCCUUGUUGAAGACAGGGGCAAACAUGAAGACAGAUGACACACCAGCUGGUGUGACCAUCAACACCGACAAGCCAGACAUUUCAGCUGUCCAUCUUCAGAUUGUGGAUUGUUUAUUAAACACCAUUUGUCGCACAGUGACGGCCGACCUGGGUUCUGGCUGCCCGGUGAUGACAUGGCUGCCCGAGCUGGUCAAGAUGACCUCCCAGCACAGAACCUUACAUGCACCGGUCAUACAACGGGUGGCCUUCCUGCUGCUGAAGGAGGGCCCAAACCUCAACCAACAACACAUGACAGGGUUGUCUGCCCUUGUGUGUCACCUCUCUAGUCUUCAGCACCUGUUUGGUCCCAUCACCUGUCACCAAAAGGGAGAUAACUCUGGCAGCCUUGUUGAUGCCUACUGCAUCUUCUCCUACUGAGAACUGGGGAACAACUUCUCUCCACACUGCAGUUCUGCACCAAAUACCUGGAGUAUGCAUUUCUCGGGUUUCUCAAAUCUGACACCAAGUCAUCAGAAGAAGAUUCUAUAGCUGUGAUUCCAAGUGAACUUGUUAAAACGUUCUGCCUCCUGUGUUGGCGCCUCCUGCCAUCCACACGGACCAUGGUUACCUCAGAUUCCCAGCAUACAUCAGCUUACACAGUGUUCAGUUCGGACAAGUACCAACAGCUGCUUGGGGAAUCAAAGGUGUCGUUGGAAGACUGGGUCCAGAGAGAAUUGAAUGUGGAUCCAGAUCAGGAUUGUCUCCCUUACUCUCUGAGACAGGACUACUUCACCUGGGCGGUGUACGGACAUUUUCUGGCUUCUACAGGCAGACACAUGGAUGUAGCGACCGUCUGCUCGGUGCUGCUGGAUGCUCUAGUCAACAAACACCAACAGUCCUUGUGUGUGCUGGACAAGCUAGCUGUGUGUAGGCAAUAUGAAAGAGGGAGACUACACUCUACCAGGCUAGAGUAGUGGGCAUCGCCAGAGGUCCCUCUGCACUUCUGCAG